AUGCUUGCCGCCGGCUCGUCUCGGCCGACCUCCAUGGCUCACGGCACGGCUGACACGUCGGGUUCUGCGAUGGCGGCGUCAUCGAGCGCCCUGGCGUCUACAACGACUGCGGACAUCGUCACGCCUGCUGUUCAACCCCCGGUUGUGAGGGCUUCAGUGUCGACGAUGUCCGGGGGUGCCUCUCCACUCACCUCGGUGAUCUGCGUGUCUGGCCGGCAGCAACCAUCCUCGCCCUCGUGGUCUCUCGCGGGCGAGGUUGAAGCCAAGGGCUGUCAACCACGGCCAGACUUCCGAGAUGUUGCGACUCUGACCGACCCUCCUGAGGACGACGUGCCUGGUCUGCCUAUGUCACAGCAGACCGCACAUCUCACGCCUGGCAUGCGGGCACCCAUCUUCCAUACCGACCUGCGCACGAACCGACGUGCGCCGACUACUGAGGGUGUUUCGCCAGGUCAGGGUACGCCCACUGAGCCUCCUCUGGAGUCCAUGUCUGCUGGAUCCCAUGACACGCCUCCUGCUGAGUUCUUGACGGAAGCCGUGGGCGAGCUGGCGUGUGACUGGACUGUGGGCACACCCUUUUACGGGCCUCAUGCGUCAUUCACCUCUGCCCGGCGUGUACAACCCUACUUGCUCACUGCCAGCGUUCCCCGAGAAACCAUGUUUACCUUCAGCAAGCCCAGCUUUCUCACCCUCGUGGCGAGGCUGGUCCGGACCAAGGACCCGGCCUCGGACGUCACAGAAUCCAAGACAGAGCUCAAGCGUUGCCUGACGACGCUGGACUUGACGUCCCUGGGCGUUGGCAGCUGCGUAGGCACUGGCAUGUACCUGGUGGCCGGCAUGGUGGCGAGAAACUUUGCCGGCCCGGGGGUCAUCUUCUCCUUCAUCAUCGCCGCCAUUGCGUCCCUCUUCUCCGGCGUGUGCUAUGCGGAGUUUGGAGUGAGGGUGCCGCACACGACCGGAUCUGCGUACAUGUACAGCUACGUGACCGUGGGCGAGUUCGUGGCCUUUGUCAUCGGCUGGAACAUGAUACUGGAGUACCUGAUUGGCUCGGCGGCCGGGGCGUGCGCCAUCAGCGCCUGCAUCGACGCCAUGCUCGGGGGCGCCAUCAGCGACGCCUUCCGGAACACAUUCGGAACCAUCAUUGGUCACACUCCGGACCUGCUGGCCGGUAUCAUCACCGUGCUGAUGAGCGCGCUCAUGCUGGCGGGCGUCAAGAAAUCCCUGCUAUUCAACAACGUACUGAACUGCCUCAACUUCGCCGUGUGGGUCUUCAUCAUGGGCGCUGGACUCUUCUACAUUGACACCGACAACUGGACCAAGCACGGGGGAUUCGUCCCUUACGGCUGGUCAGGGGUUCUGGCCGGCGCUGCAACGUGCUUCUACGCGUUCAUCGGCUUCGACAUCAUCGCCACGACGGGCGAGGAGGCCGAGAAUCCAAAGGUCGCCAUACCGACGGCCAUCAUCUUCAGCCUGGCCAUCGUUCUCACUGCGUACAUCACGUCCAGCAUGAUGGUGACGCUAAUCGUUCCGUACAGCCAGAUAAACGCCGGUGCUGGUCUGGUGGAGAUGUUCGCCCAGAGAGGGGCCCGUUCCUGCCACUACAUCGUGGCUCUCGGGGCACUCGCUGGCCUCGUCGUCUCCAUGCUGGGCUCCAUGUUCCCCAUGCCUCGUGUGGUUUACGCCAUGGCAAAGGACGGCCUCAUAUUCAGGGCCCUGGCCAAGGUGUGGCCAGUGACGGAGACGCCUGCAUUCGCCACUCUGCUCCUAGGUGGAGCCACGGCUAUCGUCUCCAUCGUCAUGAGCCUCGACGUGCUCGUGGAAAUGAUGUCUAUAGGCACGCUGAUGGCGUACACGCUGGUGUCGACGUGCGUGCUGUUGCUGCGGUACCAGCCGCGCACCAAGACCCUGGUGGAGCUGCUCCCGGAGUCGGUGCGCUCGCAGUGCCCUACGCCCAGCAGCGAGGCGCCCCCGUCGAUGGUGCCCUCGCUUAGAGGACUCGGACUGGGCUCUACGGGGCCACCCCUGGGGGCCUCCACGACCACCAUACGCACCAAGAGGUCCAACCGCGUCGUUACGCCCGACAGCGACGACGACGAGAGAAAAGGUGGGCACCGAAAAGGGCGAAGUAUCCCCGCACAAUGGAAGCAUCCGCAGGAGGGCUACGGCUCGAUGCUGGACGCCCAGGAGAGCAUCGAAGAGGACAUGUUCCAGCAGCCCACGUGGUGGGACACUAAGACCAAGCAGCUCGGUUACCUGCUGCCCUUUCUCAGGGCACACCCCGGACCAGCCACCGACAGCUCGGGCAUGAAGGUGAUGAAGCUGGUGGGCCUGCUGUACGUGUUCGCGAUCGCCUUCGACCUUGUGAUCGUGUGCGGCGUCGGGGCCCUGGAACGGGGCAACGGCUUCGUGCUUGUCUUUCUGUUCGCCUGCUUGGCGGGAAUACUCACCUCCGUCUUCCUCAUCGCCAUGGAGCCACAGGCCAAGUGCGACCUGAAGUUCAAGGCUCCCGGCGUGCCUUUAGUGCCGGCAAUCGCUGUCGUAGUCAACAUCUACCUAAUCUUCAAGCUUUCUGUGCUCACGCUGGUGCGGUUCGUGGUGUGGAUGGUACUAGGGAUGUUGAUGUACUUCUUCUAUGGCAUCAAGCAGAGCAACCUAGAGUCCCUGAUGGAAGAACGCAUCGAACUCAAGAUACCGACGCAGGGUUUCACCCUGCAGGCGCCACCAGCGCCGCCGCAGCAGCGGCAGCAACCGCCAACGGCUCAGGAGAUCAGCGCCAAGCUCGCCGACGUGGCCAAUGGCCGACCGCUUCCGGUGCCUCCGAGACCCUACGACCAGCAGGAAGAACAAGAAGUCAGGCAACGCUGGCAGACCUUCGAGUAG